UUAUGUUUGCAGUCUAAACAUGGCUGACGAUAGUGGUGGUUGGUUUUCAAGGAGUUUAGUAGAAUAUUUAAUUGUUUUUUAUUCCGUUAAAAAAUGUACACGUUUUAUUUUAUAGAAAAGUAUAAUUAUUAUUUAGUGAUAUGCCUGGAUCGCGGAAAGCGGCAAGGCGAAGGCUGAAUCCGCAUGAAAACAACAAGAAAUGUUUGGGAGAUGUUACUUUGUACGAUUUUGCUAAUUCUCCAUCUGGUAAUCACGCGAGGCUUAAAAAAUCAACAACAAACGUAUCGUCUGAAGUGAAACAAGGUAUGAUCAAGCAGGAAGAUAACCGAGCAUGGGAUGAAAAGCUUGAUGAUUUUGAAGGAGAUUUUGAACUAGUCGAACAAGAGAAUGAGGAUGGUAAAAAAGAAGUUAUCCUUAAAAAACAAUCAAAACCUUGCAGAAGAACAAAAUUGAAAGAACUUCCAACGGCAGAUACAGGUGUUCAAUAUCCGUUGGAUGUUUGGUUUUUGAUAUCAGAGUACAUUAGACCCGAAGAUGUUGGAAGAUUUGCGGGUAUCUGCAAGAGUGCGUUUCAUGUUGUAAACACGGCAAAGUUUUGGUUCCACAUGUACAAACGAUUCUAUAAGUCAAGUGCUGGUCUACCGGAACGUCUCCAACCAGAAUGCAUGGUGCGCUUAUAUGGCCUGAGAACUUGCGUCAUAAGAACACUUCAUUACAGUUAUUUUCCACAAAAAAUAGACACGCAAGUCUUAGAUGCGAGUGUACAAGAGGAUCCUCAUUCUCUUUUAAAACGUCAGUGCUGUCUGAUGUGGCACCAGAAGGGUAAAAAUCAAUGGUUCUUCUUCUUUAAACUGAAAGAGGUGACACUAAGCAGCCGUAGACUGUCUUGCCGUAAUACAGAAGUGAAGCCUCGGCCAGACCUGAUUGAGAUGUUAGAGGACGUAUCUGCAAAUCCAGAAGACAGUUGCAAGAUCCUCCGGGUUACAUGCUCGAAAUAUACGUUAGCGCCUCUCGUGAUAGGCCUAAUUCUGCAGUCGGUAUCGAUCACAUUAUCACCAGGCUUUCGUCAUCAUCGUUUGCAUCUGGGAUUUGGAACAGCCUUGACACCAAAGACACCAGCGAGCCAAGUGUUACUUUUAGACGGAGUAGUCGGUGUGAGAGUUCUCGAUUGGUGGCAUCCGUUGUAUCCGCAUCAACACGCAGCGUCCGCUGUCUUACCACCCUCCGAUGACGCUUGGGAUUAGGGUUAGUCCAUUGGAUUCUUUCAGAGUUUCAAUAACAUUAUAAAAAAACUAGAAAAUCCAUUAUCAGAACUCCGUGAGCUAUGUGAUGAUAUUAAUAGACCCCCCCCCCCCCCCUCUUUUACCCGCCUUUUUUUUGUUUCACUGUUAUUUUUGUUAUUUUCCGUUUGGAAGUAGUUGCGUAUCACCAAUUUGUUUGCAUUGUUUUUUUUUCCACCCAGUUCCAACUUUUAAAUUUAUUUUUAAACAUUGAUCUUACAUCCAAUACGGGAUGUAAGAACAAUUUGUUGCUCUUCGAGUUUCCGAUCUAGAUACUCGGUUUUAUCCUUUGCUAAGCUUAUCUACCACAGUAUUGAGAUGGCUUUAUAAAUUCAAUUGUUCACCAUUAGAGUGUCAUCUUCCAGACGCCAAUCUGAGGUAUGUUUUAAACUUAGGUUGCAUUAAGAAAGGAAAUCCUAAAAUACUUACAAGUUUGGAGCAACUCUGAUCCCCUGCCUCUGUACCGCAUAUCAAAAUCCAGCCGACUUCUAAUCAUCCCGAUCCUGUCGAAAAUCUAUCCUAAGUCUAGUGUACGGUAAAAAAUAAUUACAACAUUACUUUAAUCGACUUGAAUAGCCAGUUUAUGAGAGUGAGAUACUACAUGUGACCAAAAUAAAGAUCAUCGCAGCAAUAUGUUUAA